ACCCGCGAGGAGAGUUGUCUGUGAGGCACAUGUGUGCGGGCUGCGCGCACACACACACGCACACACACACACACACUUUUGUGUUCACACCCACAAACGCGCCGAAAGAGGCGGCAAAAAGGGAGCGGCGGCGGAGGAAAAAUGGGUCAGGAGCGGGGCAGUUACCUGGUCAUGCUGGCUCCCCCGGUCCCAGCAGCAGCCACCGCCGCCGCCUGCCCGCCUGCCGCCGCUUCCCGCCGCCGCCACCUCCUCCCGCUGCUGCUCCCGGUCGGCUCCGGGGCGGCCAAUUUAAUCCAAGCCCCGCAGCAGCAGCGGCAGCAGCAGGAGCCACCAGCGGAGCCCCGUCACUGCUGCCUGGCGCUCGUGCGUGUCUCUCACAGUCCGGCACCGGGGAGCGAAAGAGAGUCAACGAGAGUCCGAAAAUCCAGCAUCCAAAAGAGUCAGCCACUUUCAGAGUCCUCAUGGAGGCUACGGACCAGCAGUGCAAGUCUGAUGGGAAGCGCAGGAUGUGAAUGCAGAUUUAAAACUCAAAAGACGUAUCUGGAUUCAAAAUGUAACCUUCAUGGGAAGAAGAUAUCACUAAAUUUUAAGGACAGCAGCGGACAGCUAAGACUAGAAUCUCGGAAAUACUUUCUAAUAUCAGAAGAAGAAAAUGGAAUCCACUAAAGGAAAACCAACAGCUGGAUGACAGCUUGCUAGUUCACAUCUUUUACAAGAGCAAAACAAAAAUUAGACACCAUGCAUUA